AUGGAUCCUGAUUAUAAGACUAAAUACGCCAUCCAUGAGGCCGCCCGAGAAGGACAAACUUCUGUGGUGGAAUCUCUGCUCAAUGCAAAUCCAAAAUUGGCAUUUCUAAAAGAUCCCGAUGACCGCCUUCCCAUCCACUGGGCGGUAGCAUAUAAUCGAUUUCCAAUUGUAGAACUCCUAGUCGAAAUGCCAAAGUUUGAUCCUGACGAAGUGGAUGCAUCAGGAUGGACACCCCUCAUGAUUGCGGCGAGCCUGAAAGAUAGCGAAGGAGACCCGAUAAUCGAACUCUUGCUACGUAAAGAUGCAGAUGUCAAUAUGCAAAGUGUUAACGGCCAAAACGCUCUUCACUUCGCAACUUCAAAAGUCAACGUGUCAACUGUCCGUCUGCUACUAGCGCACAAUUGCAGCGCAAGACUCAAAGAUAACCGUGGCCAAUUAGCCUUACACCGUGCUGCAGCUGUCGGAUCCGUGCCGAUUAUCAAUAUGCUGCUACAGGAGGGCAAGAGCCCACUAAACGCAACGGAUGUGGACGGAUCGACUGCACUGCAUCAUGCUAUCGCUGAAGGAAAUGGAGAGGCUGCCCUUGUGCUACUGCGAGCCGGUGCAGAAGUAGAUAAACGAGAUAACAAUGAUAAGCUGGCUAUUGAAUUAGCUCCUGACUCCAAGGUACGUUUCCUUCUCUCGUCCAUAGACAAAGACGCAUGGGCAUGCUGA